CAAACUUCCGACUAGGAUGCGCGAAACCAUCUAAGGGAUUUCCCUUUAUUUGAUAUCCUUGUUGAUUGUCUUGAGGGUGAAAAACAUCGUCUAAACAGGCUAGAAGCACAGCGCCAGUCAUGUCAGAGACAUACGAUUUCCUGUUUAAGUUUCUUGUUAUCGGAAAUGCAGGAACUGGAAAAUCUUGUCUGCUUCAUCAGUUUAUAGAAAAAAGAUUCAAAGAUGACUCAAAUCACACUAUCGGGGUUGAAUUUGGCUCGAAGGUAAUCAGUGUGGUCAAUAAGUUUGUCAAGCUCCAGAUCUGGGAUACAGCAGGACAGGAGCGUUUCAGGUCUGUAACACGCAGCUAUUACAGAGGGGCAGCAGGGGCUCUUCUCGUGUAUGACAUCACUAGUCGAGAAACAUACAACGCUCUGACCAACUGGCUGACAGAUGCCCGGAUGCUGGCCAGCCAGAACAUCGUGAUCAUACUGUGUGGAAAUAAAAAAGAUCUGGAUGCUGACCGUGAAGUCACCUUUCUGGAGGCUUCCCGCUUCGCUCAAGAGAAUGAGCUCAUGUUUUUGGAGACCAGUGCUCUAACAGGGGAGAAUGUGGAGGAAGCUUUUGUCCAGUGUGCUCGGAAAAUCCUAAACAAAAUAGAGUCAGGCGAGCUGGACCCGGAGCGGAUGGGUUCAGGAAUCCAGUACGGAGAUGCAGCACUGCGGCAGCUGCGUUCUCCCAGACGUGCUCAAGCAGAGAGCGUGCCGGACUGUGGCUGUUAACAUAGAUCCCAGACAGCUGACCAACCAGGUUUCUUGAACAUGAGGAGGAGGACAUUAGUGGGGAGUUUGAUGUAUGGCUCAUCAUGUUGGAGUGACUGUUUCCCUCUCCAUACUUUUACUUCAGUUUUGACAUGCCAAGGGCCCCCCUGUGCUCCAGAAGGCUCCAGAAAAAUGUUUACUGUCCCCCUUGGGCCCAAGCCAAAACACUGAGGGUAGCUAAAAGACCCUUGCCCCCGAGAUUACCACACUGAGCCCUUGCCCCGUCUUUCCCUCUUCCGUAUGUAGAUGUUGUGUAGAGAAGAGUUUCUGUUAUCACCGUGGAGCAUGUUUCAUGGUUGCAGUACUACGACAUAUUCAUAAAUGAUUAUAUACAGAAUACUGUAUAUUUUAUAUAUAUAGCUUAGGCAUACUGCAUCGCUGCUCUAUGGCACGCGCCUGUAAAUCUUAUCAAUGGAGUUUAUCGCAUUUUAUCUUAAUAGCAUGUUGUUUGCUUUUUCUUUUUUUACCUCUGUUGUAUUUUUUGGUUUAGUAUGUUUUAUGAAAUUAUGAUAGAGUUUUUCAUAAAAGAGGUUUUUGACA